AUGGAAGCAUACAAUAUCAUCAAAGGAACAUUAUUUCUUGUAUUACUAGUUACGGGGAUUCCUGGUAACCUCUUAAUCUCAUCUGUAUUUUUCUUUGCAUUCAUUACUAGGAUUCCACUCCUGUUAACAGAAAUUAUAAUAUUUAAAAUCACAAUAAUAAAUUUACUAUUAAUCUUGACCAGGGGUCUCCCAGUAACACUGUUUCUAGUAUUUGAUUUAAAGAAUUUGUUUGGUGAUAAUGGAUGUAAAGUUAUAAUGUACUUAGCUCGAGUAUCUCGGGCUAUGGCAAUAUGCUCAACUUGUAUUCUUGUUUGUAUUCAGUGUAUAAUUCUCUCUCCAUCUAGUUCUAGACUAUUUGCUUUAAAAAUGAAAUUGUCACACUACACAUUAAUUGCUUUUAAUUUUGUUUUAAUAUUAAAUAUGGCCACCGAAAUUGGGCCACCAGUUUUUACCACAUCAGAAUUAAACUCAACUGAUCUGGAGUAUACUUUUUAUUUUGGGUACUGUGUAGUCAAUUUCCGCGAUUAUAUUACUAUUAUGACUAGCCUUUUUACUUUAGUUUCUCGGGAUGCUAUAUUUGUAGUUAUGAUGGCAUCUGCUAGUGCUAAUAUUAUGGUAAUGUUGUUGAGGCACAGUAAGCAAAUAAAAAGAGUAAAGAAAGACAUAAAGUCCACAAAAAAUAGUGCAGAGAUAAAAGCAGCCAAGACUGUGGUCAUUUUAGCAUCAUUGUACGUCAUUUUUAUUGGGUUUGAGACUACUAUUUUACUUUACCAGGUUACAGUUUCAAGGCGCAUUCACCCCAUUGUUUCUGAUGUUCGACAUUUCUUUUCUGUGUGCUAUGCUUCUGUAUUUCCAUCUGUUGUUGUUAUAUCUAACAAAAGAAUUCAGAGCUGUGCAAAAUGUCUGUUUUAA